AUGGCCAGAUUAAAGAACCAUUACGCGCCCACCCCUUCUGUCAUCGCACGCCGGUUUGCUUUCCGCCGGCGAGUCCAAAAACAAAAUGAGUCGAUAAGCCAAUUUUUGGAGGCUUUGCGAAUGGUGGCCGCACAGUGUGAAUUCUCAAAUCUAGAGGAGAAUUUGGUGGAACAGUUCGUGUGCGGGGUCCGCGAUGUCAACCUGCGGAGCCGCAUGUUCCGGAACCACCGAAUCACCCUACUUCAGGCCGUGGAGACUGCCCGGGCAGCUGAACUGUCAGAGCAGUCCACGGCCGAUAUUGAGCGGUUACAGAUAUCUACACCUGAGCGACCACCUCCAGAAGCGUCGCCCCAAGCCCACAUGGUUGAGGACGACCUGCCUUACGAGGACCCUGAAGAAGAUGUAGUGGCGCAGAUGAGAACUUUGCCUAAGCGGAAGCCGAAACCUCAGCCUGCGGCGCAGCAGGCGUCCAUGGUGCCCUGCCGGGGAUGUGGAGGCCGUCACAAACGCCAGGCCUGCCCAUUCCUCAAUGCCAUUUGCAACCGGUGCAAAGGGGAAGGCCACCUAGCGAAAGUCUGCAGGGCCCUAUUGCCGGCACCCUCGUUCCUUCAAUCGUCCAGCCGUUCCCAGGCGCAGCCGCGCCGCCAGCAGCAGCGGCCCCCGAGGCGGGCUGAAGAUUGCUAUUCCACCAGUCAACCUAACAGUUCUGACAGCGCGGCGAGCCAAGCCGCUGCAGGGGCCCGGAGGGUCUCAGCCUCCGUCCAGCUGGAAGUGUGCUAUGGCCAAUUCCGGGGGAAACUGCCCAUUCUAAUAGUUAGGGACGACCUGCCAGCCCUCUUGGGCUUGGACUGGUUCCCGGCCCUGGGAUUGUCUAUUGGAGGGGUCCACCAGGUGGUUCCCAGUACCAUCGAAGACAUAUUAAGGGAUUUUGCGGACGUCUUCGACGGCCAGUUGGGUUGUUACAAGGGGACCCCCAUCUCUUUAAGUUUAGACCCUCAGGUUGCUCCUAUUAGGCUGAAAGCCCGCAGGGUGCCUUUUGCCUUAAGGGCCAAGGUUGACGCCGAACUGGAUAAGUUGUUGGCGCAGGGAGUCAUCGAGCCCGUUGAUCAUUCCCCUUGGGAGACACCCAUUGUCCUCCCAAUUAAACCAGACGGGUCGGUGAGGAUCUGCGCCGACUACAAGUCGACGAUCAACUUGGCCCUUCAGGCAAACCCCUAUCCAGUCCCUGUAGUGCAACACCUGCUCCACUCCCUGGGGCAGGGUUGCACAUUCGCCAAACUGGAUAUGGCGCAGGCCUAUCAACAGCUCCCGGUGGAUGACGAUGCGGCGGCUGCCCAGACCAUCGUCACCCAUCGCGGGGCUUUCCAUUGUCGCCGCCUACAAUUCGGCAUUUCCGUGGCCCCAGGGAUCUUCCAAAGCCUCAUGGAGCGGCUGCUCCAUGGGCUGCCGGGCGUGGUUCCGUAUUUCGAUGAUGUCCUGAUCGCUGCUUCCAGCCGCUCAGAACUCAUCGAAGUACUUCGGAAGGUCCUCAGUCACCACAAGCCACUCCUUGGGCUUCUGGCAGGCGACAAGCCGACCCCCCCCAUCCUCUCACCCCGCAUGACAAGAUGGACGGAAUUCCUUGCAGCGUAUUCAUAUACGCUGCAGUACCGUCUGGGCAAGCAGCUGGGGCACGCCGAUGCCCUAAGCCGCUGCCCAUUGCCGGAGACCGAUACCGCCCAGGUGCCCAGUCUCUCCAUUCUGUCCAUCGCGUCUUCCGGUUUCCCUAUUUCGGCCGCAGAUGUCGCGGCCUGCACUAAGGCCGAUCCUAUCCUCUCCCAGGUCGCUUCCUGGGUCUUGAGGGGAUGGCCCAUGGACAAGGUGGCAGAGGGCUUCAAGCCCUUUAAAAUCCGGCAGGCGGAGCUCUCCCUCCACGGGGGAUGCCUCGUUUGGGGGGAUCGAGUGGUGAUCCCCAUGGCGCUACGGCCACAAGUCCUGUCCCUGCUCCAUAAGGAUCACCCGGGCAUAGCACGAAUGAAGGCAUUAGCCCGUAGCUAUGUCUGGUGGCCCUUACUGGAUUCAGAGAUAGCGGCCUAUGUUGGCCGCUGCACACCAUGUCAACAAUCUAGGCCAAACCCCCCAGCUGGGCCUGCUCGUGAGUGGGAGGCUCCGAGAGGCCCAUGGUCCCGCCUCCACCUGGAUUUUGCCAGCCCCUUCCACAGUCAGAAUUUCUUGAUUGUGGUGGACGCCUACUCCCGCUGGGUGGAGCUGGUCCUGAUGGGCUCCACCACAGCUGAGAGUACGGUCCGGGCCUUAAGGAGGCUAUUCGCGACCCAUGGGUUGCCGGACCUGGUAGUUUCGGAUAAUGGGCCCCAAUUUAUGUCCACCACAUUUCAAGAAUUUCUGGCCGGGCAAGGGAUUCGACAUGCGCCCAUAGCCCCGUACCACCCAGCCAGCAAUGGCCGGGCGGAGCGGGCGGUCCGCUCAGCGAAGGAGGCCCUGGGCCGCAUGCGGCGUCUGCGGACUCCCCUGGACCGGCUACACCCGUUGUACUCAGGGGAUCAGCCGAGCAACCUGGGGGUUAUUCCUCCCCGUUCAUUCAAACUGGGGGACACGGUAUGGGCCCGAGCAUUUUCGGGGCCUACAAAAUGGGUUCCAGCCACCGUUACUGCCCUGACAGGCCCGUGUUCU